AUGGCUUCUUCCCGUCAAAUCCCCCUCAGUACUGAUGCGCCUUCCUCCAAGGCGGCUGCCUCCCAACGCGGAUCUUCUCCCCGUCCAACCGAGGCGCCUCCCACUUCUUCCGCUCCAACGCACCCCGAGGCGCCCGUUGUUCGUGAUGCCCCUAAUGCCUCUGUCGCCCCUGCCACAUCGAGUAAGUCCUCCUUCAUGCGCCUUUCUUGUCAUCUUCGGGUCUCCUUCACUCAAUUUCUAGCAUAA